UGCCAUGUGGCUGCCUUGUCCUUCAAGUGCAGGAGCCAGUUGAAAUGUCAGGAAUGGAGGCCAAUAUGACCAUCCCAAUCUGGCAAAACAAGCCGCAUGGGGCUGCUCGAAGUGUAGUGAGAAGAAUCAGGACCAACCUGCCCCUGAAGCCAUGUCCCCGGGCAUCCUUUGAGACCCUGCCCAACAUCUCUGACCUGUGUCUGAGGGAUGUACCCCCAGUCCCUACUCUGGCUGACAUCGCCUGGAUUGCUGCAGAUGUAGAGGAGACUUAUGCCCUGGUCAGGAGCGAUACACGCCCCCUGAGGCACACCUGGAAGCCCAGCCCUCUGAUCGUCAUUCAGUGCAAUGCCUCAGUGCCCAAACUGCGUGGGUUGGAGGAGAGGCUUCUGGCCUUGAAGAAGCCAGCCCUGCCAGCCCUUAGCUGCACCAAAGAGCUACAGCAUGAGCUGAGCCACCUGCGCAGCCAGAUUGCUAAAAUAGUGGCAGCUGAUGCAGGAAUCAAUGUCUCUUCUCCCUUACCUUGUUUUGGAUCCUCAUUCCACUCUACAACUUCCUUUGUCAUUAGUGACAUCACCGAGGAGACCAAGGUACAGGUCCCUGAGCUUCCAUCAGUCCCCCUGCUUUGUUCUGCCAGCCCUGAAUGUUGCAAACCAGAACACAAAGCUACCUGCCGCUCGUCUGAAGAUGACUGCGUCUCUCUGUCCAAGGCCAGCAGCUUUGCAGAUAUGAUGGGUACCCUAAAGGACUUCCACCGGGUGAAGCAGAGCCAAGACCUGAACUGGAAUUUAUUGAGGGAGGAAGACCCUGCCGUGCUUAUCUCUGAGGUCCUAAGGAGGAAGUUUGCUCUGAAGGAAGAAGAUGCCAGUAGAAAAGGAAACUGA